AUGGCGAAAUCGUACCUCGAACCGCUGCUCGCCUUCUCCGGUAAUGCGUUCGCCGACGCGCGCUCGAAGCUCGUUCAAAGUCUCAGCGACGAUGAACUCCGUACUCUACUCCAGGACGGCUCAAAGCGCUGCACCAAACGCAAAGCCCUUGAGCAAUUAACUAACCAAAUGCUUGAUCACAUCGAUGCAGAGCAGAGAGCGACGUCUGAGUUGACGGUCAGAAACAAUAGUAAGAAGCCAAAGGCUGGUAAGAACCGCUUACUGAUCAAUACUAUCACAGACUCCCAGCAUCCUAUGCAACCUCAACCUGCACACGCUCACGAAGCUUACAAUCCCACUCUAUCCACCAUAUCUGGCAUAUCAUCGCAGAGGAUCCAAACCAAAAGGAAGGCCGCGGAAAAUGCAGAUCCCUUUGGCGUCCGACUUCUUAAAGCGGUCACGCUCAACGCGACCAAUGACGGUAUCAGCAACUUGUUCAAUGGAGAAGAAGAUGACGAUGAAGACUGGGAGGGUAUGGGCGCGAAAAAUGGCCCCGGCCUACAAGAUGAGACCCCUGCAGACGCCAGCGCCAACAUCAAUGUCAUCGACAUACGCCCCACAACCUUCGAUAUACCCGUUUUAAGGAUAGGUGCGUGGAUUCCGGACGAUGUCGGGCUCGAAGAUUGGCAGUCGCUCGGCAGUCUCGAUGUCGGUAUCAGUAUCCAUGCCAAAUUCUUGACGUACUUCGCAUUCAACGACACCAAACGAGCUACAUACGGAGCGAUGGCUAGGAACGCAGCACGCUAUAAGGACGGAGCGAAAUGCGUCAACAUGGUCGUCUGGCAGAAAGGCAACCAUCGUUCCGCUUUCGAGAAGGCUCAUGGGAACACGCAUAGGGCUUGCGAUACUUGCAUUCGCACAAAACGCCCCUGCGUACGAGUCGUAGCUGAUAGCUCUGGUGAAAAGCUUUGCGUCUUUCCGCUACCUGAGGUGCUCCGUGAAUGCGGGACGCUGUAUCACAUCGCUGCUUGGGUCGUUGGAGGAUAA